AUGGAUGAAACCAUUCGCGAUGACGAUGAAGUUGAUGAAAUUUUAGUGGAUGAUAUGAUUCUGGAUGAACCUGAUGAAGCUGUUUCCUGUGUACGCUUUCAACAGGUGCAAAAGAAAAUUAAAGCCUACAUAAGAAUCGUAUCGCAGAGGGAGGGUUGCUCCGCCCGUGUUGGCUAUAGUGGACGAGUUCAAAUAAUAAAUUUGUACAAAAAUACUACGGCCUGUUUUUCCCCAGUCGUUCUUAUGCAUGAGUUGUUACAUGCCCUGGGAUUCUAUCAUCAGCACUUGACACUGGAUCGUGAUAAUUAUAUCAAAAUAAAUUGGGAGAACAUUAAGCCGCGCAAGAAAGUAUUUUUCCAGAAAUUAAGUAAUGCCCAAUCCACAGAUUUUGGCAUUGGCUAUGAUCUUGAGAGUCUUAUGCACUAUUCUCGCAAAGGAUUUUCGGUUAAUGGCUUGGAUACCAUUGAACCAUUAGAUCAGGAUGCAGUAAUUGGUCAACGUCAUGGAAUGAGUCUUAAAGAUAUACAAAAAUUAAAUGCCAUGUACCGAUGUGGAACGUUUGAAGAAACAAUAGAGCAGGAGAAUAUAGAGGAAGUGGAUUAG